CAUUACAAUUCCAAAGUUUAAAAUAGGGUCAAGCAACCAUGCCCCAAGAGCUAAAGCCAAAGAGCUUCGUUACCACCGCUUCCUCCCUCCGCACUACUCCGUCGCUUCGUUCGAUCGUUCGCUCGCGAUGGGAACGGCUCGGAUCGGGGCCGCGGCGGCGUCAACGCUGCAUUCGCUGUGCGCCCUGGGCGUCGCCGCCGCGUAUUUCCUCGCCCAGCGCGUUUGCGUGCUCGACCUCGUCGCCCACCCCGCCCAAACCCUCCGCCUCCUCCUCGUAAUUGAAGCGCCUAUCACUAUUGGAGUGUAUAGUUGGCUUCGCAGAGACACGCACGGUUGCUCGGUAUGGAAGGCUAUUGGACGAGGAUUAUUGGCUCUCCCCGUAGGAGCUGCCAUAAAUGCAUUUGGGGCAAUCGUUUUGGGUGCGCCGGUCGGCAUAAAGUAUUGGACCGUAACAGCCUAUUGGUCAUUGCUCAUGUCGUUGUUCACCUUUGUACCUGCAGCUUGUGCCUUUGGCCCUUCUAGGAUGGAUUGGCAGCGGAUACUCUCUUUUUCAAAGCUACUAGAUGCUGUCGACUAUAUGAUUUCCGUACCAGCUUAUGGAGCUAUAAUUGGUGCAUGGAUUGGUGCUUGGCCCAUGCCACUUGACUGGGAAAGACCUUGGCAGGAAUGGCCAAUCUGUGUCACCUAUGGUGCAAUUGCUGGAUAUUUGACUGGAAUGGUAGCAUCUGUGGUGUUUAUAGUUGCGCUGCAUAGAAAGGUUCAUGCGAAAGGUGAGUAACAUCAGGAUGAUGAAGGACGUUUCCGGAGGGAAUCAUCUUCGACGAAUCAUCAACUUUUUGUAGUGAGUUAUCAUUUUCGAUGAUAUAGUUUGGACGCAUGUUGCCAAAUGAGGGCUUAGGUGUUUGUGUUCAUGAGUUCUGAUUUAGUUGUACCAGUUCUUUCUAUGAUGGACUACAUUGAUAUCUUGUCUCACCUGAUAAUACAGCAUCAUUUCUGCACCA